AUGCGUUAUUCACACUUAAUUUCUCAAAUCGAAUCUUUUAGCGGAUUCUGUCACUUGGGUGCCGGUCUAUCUGUCGGUCUCAGCGGUUUGGCAGCAGGAUACGCAAUCGGCAUCGUCGGUGACGCGGGAGUGCGAGGAACGGCUCAGCAACCGAGAUUAUUCGUCGGAAUGAUUUUGAUUUUAAUCUUCGCUGAGGUGCUCGGCCUCUACGGCUUGAUCGUUGCGUUGGUGCUGAGCACCAAGAGUUAG